AUGUCAUUGAGUCCGCCCGCCUUUCUCAGCGAACUGCAGAGCAACAUCAGAGCUCGCCCAAUACCCUGGGACGGUGCCGUUCGAGCGGGAAACUUGACAGAGGACCAGCUCAAGAGAAUCAGAUCGGUCGACAAGGUCAGGAAAGAGCAGCGGAAACAGACAAUCGAGAAAGAUGUGAAGAGCUACAGCACCUUGCUUGUGGGCGGCGCAGAUGGCGGUAGUGUGCUCGAAAAGGCCUCGAAGCGUAGCGACAUUAUCCAAUAUAGUCUGGUGUUGGCCACAGACCUCAUCAAUGAUGCUCCAGAUCUCGCGAAGGCUAUCCUGGAGCAUCCUGAGCCCUACAAGUACUUCCUGACCUUGCUCAACCAGGGAAAUAGCCCAGACGACCCCAUUCCACUGCUCUCGGCUACAUUUCUUGUGAACCUUAUCGCCAUUUCCAUAACGACCUCCUCACGCCCAGCCAGGCGAGACGACGAGGCUCUCCCACAGGUCUACUCGUAUCUGGCCAAGCUGGUCAGAAAUCAAGAUGGUGGGCGACAGGACAUCGGAGUACAACACAUGUCACAAUUACUGCGGACGAAACGGUCGAAAGAACUAUUUUGGAGUCAAAGAAAGGAUACAGUUGAUCCAUUGUUCGAUAUCUUGAGAAAAGCUGCUGGAGCUGCGAAAGAUAACGACUCUACGCUAUGGAAUGGCAGCGCUAGUAUACGAAGCAGUGACACGAGAUUUGGCGAAGGGGUCGGGCUGCAGCUGAUGUAUCAUGUUUUGCUGGUGAUAUGGCAGCUCAGCUUCGAGGGCGAGCUUGUGGGCGAAGGCCUUGAAAAGGACCAGGAGAUUGUGCCGUUGUACACACAGCUGCUGCGGAUGUCACCAAAGGAGAAGACCACCCGACUCUUGUUGGCGACACUGAACAACCUUCUUGCGACCAAUAAGGAGACGCUCAUUGCGACUGCCACCACGGCCAGACUGCCUGCCCUGCUGAGCAAUCUGAGCAGUCGUCACCUGACUGAUACCGACUUAUUGGAAGAUUUGGAGGCCCUGAAGACAAUGCUCGAAGAAUACACCAAGAAUCAGACAACCUUUGACGAAUACGCCGACGAGGUAAAUUCUGGCCAUCUCCGCUGGUCACCACCUCACCGUAAUCCGACUUUCUGGCGUGAGAACGCACGCAGGAUCCUGGAAGACAAGAACGGCGAACUUCCGAAGAAACUGGCCGAGAUCCUGUCCAAGAGUUGGGAGUCAGACAAGCAAGUGUUGGCGGUCGGGUGCAAUGACGUGGGCAAUCUGGUCAAGCAAGUGCCGGAGCAGCGGACGAUGCUCGAGAAAUUAGGUCUCAAAGCUCGGCUUCUGGAGUUGAUGGGCGAUCCCGACGAGAACGUGAGGUGGGAGAGUCUCAAGGCGGUAGGAGAUUGGAUGAGAUACACGUUCGAGAAAUGA